AGCGAAAAAAUCAUUGGAACGAACGGUAGCAGAACGGUAGAUUUCUGAAACGCGACGAAAAUACAGAAAAAAAGUAAAAAAAAACAUAAAUAAUUUAUUCUAUUAAAAAGUGUUUGAAAGUAAUAUAGAAUAAAUGAAAAUAUUAUCUAGAUGUCAUUGACCAGCUACAAAGGAGUAUUAACGUAAAACAAAUAGUUGGCUACCGGGUAGUAAAAGAAAUACAAAAAGCAAUCAUUGGUGAAGUGUGUGAAAAUUCGAUAUGCAAAAAAUUGUUCGCGGAAGUGCUUAGAACAAGAAGAAGCAAUCAAUAAGAAUUACCACCAAGAAGUUGUGUUUUGUUGUUGCGAAAAAAGUCAUGUGUAAAGUGAAAAAACUUAAGUUAAUUUACAUUAAAAUUGUAUAACGUGCGUAUAUCACACGCUCGGUUAAUUGUUCCGCAAAAAAAGCAAAACAGUAACAACAACAAAGAAGCAAAGAAUUCUUUGCGAAAAAAAACGCUAUAAGAAACAAAUUGUUGUUGUUGUUCUUAUUGGUGGCUAACUUUGUGGUGGGGUAUUCUUUUCCGUAUGUCUCAUGUAUAGAGAGCGUGUUAAACCAGCUGCUUUUUGUUUUGUUGUGUACCUUACUCCCUCUCUCUCUCUCUCUGUCUCUCUUCUCUCGUGCAUAAUCUCAGCUGUUUUUGGUUUUGCCGGACAUCAGCAGCAUUGUUUGACAAAUAACCAUACCGUCUCUUUUGCAAAAAGAUUUAAUAAACAAAAAAAAGUACAAAAUAAUCAAAAGCUCCCACCACCCCACUCUUCUUUAUAUUUUAUAUGAAUAGAAAACAAAGUAAGAAAGCAGUGGCUGUUAUAAAAAAUAAUAAAAACAGAAUAAACUAAAAACAAACAAAAGAACUUAACAUUGCACCUCUCACUCUCUCCCUCAACACUAACGGCAGCGGCGCAGCGUAGCAGCAGAGAUAUUCUCUUUAGUUUGGCUAUGGGGGUGCUGCUGUCAUUUCAUUUGAAUGAAUUGCCAAAAUAGUGAAAGAUAAUUUUAGCCAAAAAUAAAAAGAAAAUAUUAAAUUGUUGCAAUUCUCAAGUCUUGUUGGACGGACACACAGCCUCUUUGUCAAUUUGCUGCCAAAAUGGAUAUUAUUGGUGUUAUACGUACCACGGCCCAGGAUUAUGGCGAUAUAUUUUCAGAUGCCUGGUGGCAUCUGCUUAAUAUGGAAUUUAAAACAGCGAUGACGCUGUACAUAACGGUGGGCCUCCUAACUCUAAUACUCAUCAUUUGGUACAUCUUCUAUCGCAGAUAUAUACGGGACAGGGAGCGCCAGAAGUUGUUGCUCGCCCAAAGUUCCUACGCAUCGGCAGAUAUGCGUGGUUUGCGUUUUCGCAAACGUGACAAAAUGCUCUUCUAUGGUCGGCGAAUGCUGCGCAAAGUGAAGAAUGUUUCGGGUCAGGUGUAUGGUGGGCAAGGUAGGAAGCGGCGAGCAGUUAUGCGCUUUGCCAAACGCCUACUCCAGCUGCGCAGAGAAAAUAUACCACUGCAAAUGAAAACUGUCGAACCUCCGGCCGAAUAUUUGGAGGAAACAAUGGAGGGUUCAGAUCGGGUACCACCCGAUGCUCUCUAUAUGUUGCAGAGUAUUCGUAUCUUUGGGCAUUUUGAAAAGCCCAUCUUCUUGAAGUUAUGUAAACACACUGAGACUUUGACUUUGGAUCCGGGCGAUUUUCUUUUCAAAAUCACCGAUGCCGAUGAUAGUGUCUUCAUUGUCCAGUCUGGUCAAAUAAAUGUCUUCAUAUCGAAUGCCGAUGGCAGUACGUUGUCGCUGAAGACAGUGCGAAAGGGGGAAUCGGUUACAUCUUUGCUGAGCUUUGUCGAUGUGCUGUCGGGUAAUCCGAGUUAUUAUAAAACUGUGACCGCCAAAGCGGUGGAGAAAAGUGUGGUCAUACGCUUGCCAAUGCAGGCCUUCAAAGAGGUCUUCGAUGAGAAUCCCGACAUUAUGAUCCGGGUGAUACAGGUCAUAAUGAUACGCCUGCAACGAGUCCUCUUCACAGCCCUGCGCAACUAUUUGGGUCUCAACUCAGAACUUGUCCAGAAUCAUAUGCGCCACAAAAAAUCCCAAAACAAUGCCCAACAAACGCCACAGUCUGCUGGAGUGCAGCAGCAGCAGCAGCAACAACAACAGUCAAGUGCCACUGCAACACAACAACAAACACAAGUGAAACAUUCACCCGGCCAUCGACGAUCUCAGGGUGAAACCAUGCCACCACCACAGCACAGCCUUUCAGAUCCUAUACCACCACCUGAUAUGCUACAGGAUGUGGCCAGCUAUGAGGCCUUGAUUGCCAAUGGUUCGGCCCAGUAUGCGGCCCACAGCAGCGUGGGCAAUUUAUCAACUCGCCGCUAUUCCAUGACACCGGCUGAGAUCAAUGUCAAUGCCUCUUCCAUAGAUAUGCAGUUGGUGAACAUGUCGGCGGUGGAUAGUUUUCUGAAAGAACUGGGUUUACCCGAAGAGGAUCGCGCGUUUCUGGAACCCUUUGUGGAGGUUCGCGAGGUGGAUGUUGAUGUUACCCUCAUUAAGGAGGGUAAUUCCGAUGAUAUUUGUGUUUGGUUUGUUAUGACUGGUGGUUUGGCUGUCUACCAGAGUGGUGUCGAUCCCAUACGCCAUUUCCAAAGUGAUCGGGUCGAUUGCUUUAUACAUCAUGUCCAUCCCGGUGAGAUUGUGGGCGGUCUGGCAGUGCUGACUGGUGAGGCCAGUGCCUACACCAUUACCUCCCUCUAUCCCAGUCGGGUGGCCUUCAUACGCCGUCCCGCCAUCUAUCAGAUAAUGCGCGAAAGACCCAAAAUCGUUUUGGAUCUGGGCAACGGCGUGGUUCGACGUCUCUCGCCAUUGGUACGACAGUGCGAUUAUGCCCUCGACUGGAUAUUUUUGGAGUCGGGUCGUGCCGUCUAUCGCCAGGAUGAAAUGAGCGAUAGUACCUACAUUGUGCUGAGUGGUCGUAUGCGUUCCGUUAUCACCCAAUCAAGUGGCAAGAAGGAGAUUGUGGGCGAGUACGGUAAAGGAGACUUGGUUGGUAUUGUGGAAAUGAUAACGGAGACAUGUCGUACUACAACGGUCAUGGCGGUCAGAGACUCAGAACUUGCCAAACUGCCCGAGGGUCUGUUCAAUGCCAUUAAACUUCGUUAUCCGAUUGUGGUGACAAAACUGAUAUCCCUGUUGAGUCAUCGUAUUUUGGGCACAAUGCAAUCACGUUCGGCCGGCAAUGCUGCUCCACUGGAGGCAAAUCCGGUGACCCAUAAAUACUCUACCGUAGCCUUGGUUCCUGUCUCCGAAGAUGUACCCCUGACCGCCUUCACUUAUGAAUUGUUCCAUUCGCUAUGUGCCAUUGGUCCCACACUGCGUCUCACCUCGGAGGUUGUGCGCAAACAGUUGGGUGUUCACACCUUCGAACAGAGCAAUGAAUAUCGUUUGACCUCUUGGUUGGCCCAGCAAGAAGAUCGUUAUAUCAUUACUUUGUAUCAGUGUGAUCCCUCGUUGAGUGCCUGGACACAGCGUUGUAUGCGUCAAGCUGAUGUCAUUCUCAUUGUGGGCCUGGGGGAUCGUGCACCCACGGUGGGUAAAUUUGAGCGGGAAAUUGAUCGAUUGGCCAUGCGUACACAAAAGGAAUUGGUACUGCUCUACUCAGAGACUGAUAGUUCAAAGCCCAUGAACACAUUGCAGUGGUUAAAUGCUCGACCCUGGGUCACCAAACAUCAUCACAUCCAGUGUGUGAAGCGUAUGUUUACGCGCAAGAGUCAAUAUCGGAUUAACGAUUUGUAUAGCCGUGUGCUGAUGUCUGAACCCAACAUGCAUUCGGACUUUUCACGUCUGGCCCGCUGGCUAACGGGCAACUCAAUUGGCCUGGUGCUGGGCGGUGGCGGUGCCCGUGGUGCUGCCCACAUUGGCAUGAUGAAAGCCAUCCAAGAGGCUGGUAUACCCAUUGAUAUGGUCGGUGGUGUUAGUAUUGGGGCGCUUAUGGGUGCUCUAUGGUGUUCGGAUCGUAAUAUCACAACGGUCACACAAAAGGCCAGAGAAUGGUGUAAGAAAAUGACAAAAUGGUUUUUACAACUGCUGGAUCUAACCUAUCCCAUAACGUCAAUGUUUUCGGGUAGAGAAUUUAAUAAGUCGAUACGCGAAACAUUCGGAGAUGUUAGCAUUGAAGAUUUGUGGAUACCCUAUUUUACGCUGACCACUGAUAUUACGGCCAGUUGUCAUCGGGUGCAUACGAACGGUCACUUGUGGCGUUAUGUCCGCGCCAGCAUGUCCAUUGCUGGUGUCUUCCCACCCUUCUGUGACUAUAAAGAUGGUCAUUUGUUACUCGAUGGAUGUUAUACCAAUAAUGUUCCAGCCGAUGUUAUGCGUAACUUAGGAGCAGCUCACAUUAUUGCCAUUGAUGUUGGUUCGCAGGAUGACACGGACUUGACAAAUUACGGUGAUGAUUUGUCCGGCUGGUGGUUGCUCUAUAAGAAAUGGAAUCCCUUUACAUCGCCAGUGAAAGUACCCGAUUUACCAGAUAUACAAUCGAGAUUGGCCUACGUCUCAUGUGUACGACAAUUGGAGGAAGUGAAAAACUCCGACUACUGUGAAUACAUCCGGCCGCCAAUUGACAAGUACAAAACCCUGGCCUUUGGCAGUUUCGAUGAGAUCCGUGAUGUGGGUUAUGUUUUUGGUAAAAACUAUUUCGAAAGCAUGGCCAAGGCUGGACGUUUGGGUCGUUUCAAUCAAUGGUUUAACAAGGAACCGCCGAAAAAGGACAACCACGCAUCGUUGAGUGAAUAUACAUUCAUUGAUUUGGCACAAAUCGUUUGUAAAAUACCCGAUUUGGAUCAUCCGCUGCACACGAUGGACCAGCACCAGCAUAACUAUUUCUAUAGUGAAGAUGAAGAUUAUGAUGGGUAUAUAUCGGAACCAUCGAUAUACAAUCGGAAUCAAAUCAAAAUGAAACGCACCGGCACCUCAUUGUCCCUGUCGGAAAAUGAAAUGGAUUCCGAUAUUGAAGUUGAUCUCAGUUUGGCCAUAAGACAGCAUCAAAAUCUUAAGACACGUAGCUCGCCACAGACACCCGUUAACUUGCCAUGCUCACUGUCCAACAUUGAUAACAUCGAUGGUAGGCAAAAUAAUGUUAGUGUUGCCCCAACGCCCGAAGAUGAUGGCGGUAUGACGAUGCAAAUGCGUUACAAGUCUCUGGACAAUAUGUCAACGAAUACAACAACGCCAAAACAAAUAAACCCACAACUGGGUGGUGAUGAUAAUAAUGGCAAUGAAGAAAAUGCCGAUAGCAACAAAUUAAGCACCGAAGACGACAAUAGCAGCAGCAACAAAACCAAUACCAACAACAGCACAACUACCAAAGCUAAGACAUCAUAACGCUUAGUUUUAAAUUUUUAGAUUUUAUUAAAAAAAAUCCUUUUUUUGUAUUUUUGGUUUUGUAUUUUUAAGAUGCCCCUUUCUAAAAACACACACAUAAUCAUGAAACCCACCACCCACUCUUCUCAGCCACCACAUUUUAGUUUUAAGGUCACAGAUUUUUUUCCGAAAAGAGACUGGCAAGUUUUCACUACCCACUUUCAUUGUUACUUCAGAGAGUGUUUUUCUUUGGUCUCAUUUUGUGGUCUGGAGGAUUGUUGGCUUUAGCAAAAUCAAAGACAUGCCAACAAAAAAAUCACUCAAGAUCACAAAGACUUGUGUUUUUGUACUGAAUAAUAAAAACUUUUUUUUGUAUAUCUCUUCCACAAGAAUUGCCAUUAUUUACAAAAUGAAAAAUUUAAAAAAAAAUUGUUGAACGAUUUUCAAAGAGUUUGCUCUAUGCUCCCCACUCAAAAAAAAAAAAAAAAAAAAAAAAAUCAUGUCUACUAGUUUUGUAAGCUUUCUUUACUUAUCCAAUAAGCGUUCCAAAUUGUUCGCCUUACUUUUUUUUUAGUUUAAAACUUCCCCUGCGUUUAGAGGUCAUUUUAGUUUGUAAGAAAUUGUUAGAGUUUUCCCCCUUUUCUUUCUAUCCCCCUACUUCACCGUUUUUGCUUUUUUUAUACUCUGUACAUAAGAAUUGUUAUAUAAAAAACAACAACAAUAAUGCACAAGAUAUUAGUAAUAUAUAUUUUUUAAAACAAAAAAGAA